AUGGAUCCUCAGUGGCAGCAAUAUCCUGCCGCAGACUCGCCUGGCUCUUCGAGACGUCACAACGGUAACAACCAGACUUCUCGAGAUUACACCAACCAGCCCCCGCCUCAAGGCGGAUACAAAUACGACCAGUUUCACGGUGGCGCCCCCGUUCAUUCUGCUCCUCCUGCUUCUGCUCCUGUUGGUGGUCCCAACUCGGCCGCAUCUCCCAUCUCGCCUUCUCAGAUGCGCGACAACAACGGUGACGUCGCAAUGCACGACGCCCACGAUGCUCAUGCCGGUAUAAAAUACCCCAUGAGACCUCACCACCAAUCUCAUCUGUCGGGCAGCCGUCCCGUCAAUCUUCACUCUCCUCAAGAAUCAUCUGCUGCUCAACGAUACUCACCCAUGGAGACUCUGUCCCCCACUUCGCCUUACGCGCCCAAGUCUGCUUCUAACAGCCAGUUCACCAGCCCGACACAGCGACAAUCGCCCACACGCCAGCCCGAUUACUCUCAGUCUCCUUACUUUCCUGGUGCUCGUCAACAUCAGCCAGGGCAGCAUCUUCCUCCAAUUAAUCCCUACGCGUCGAGCGGCCAUCAGGAAAACUAUCCUUCGUCUGCUGUCAACAAUCUUGAUGCCGCCUUCAACCUUGACCCCAAGUCGCCGCGCCGACCUGUUCCUCAGCAAGUGACCAGGGGCCCGGUCCCAGAGUUCAAGCCAUUAUCGUCGUCAACAGACUUGCAACCAAAAGUCAACUCGCAACCACCCUUUCGUCGCGCCAACCCUGAAGGUGGCUUUAUCAGCCCCCUGCAGGCUCUUACUGUUCAAUUGCCUGCUACCUAUCGCAUUUGCAACCCGAGCUUCAAAUAUGAGUCGUCUCGCAACCCCCGCAGAGUUCUGACAAAACCUAGCAAGGGCACUAAGAACGAUGGUUACGACAAUGAGGACAGUGACUAUAUCCUUUAUGUUAACGAUAUUCUUGGGUCCGAAGAAGCCGGCCACAAGAAUCGUUAUCUUAUCUUGGACGUCUUGGGCCAAGGCACUUUCGGCCAGGUUGUCAAGUGUCAGAAUCUCAAGACACAAGAGGUGGUCGCAGUCAAGGUCAUCAAAAACCGCACUGCCUAUUUCAACCAGAGUAUGAUGGAGGUUUCCGUCCUUGAUCUGCUCAACACGAAGCUUGACAAGAACGACGACCACCACCUGCUACGCCUGAAGGACACCUUCAUCCAUCGACAGCAUCUUUGCCUGGUCUUUGAACUUCUGAGUGUCAACCUCUACGAACUUAUCAAGCAGAACCAGUUCAGGGGUCUGAGCACCACAUUGGUCCGCGUGUUUGCUCAACAGCUCCUCAAUGGUCUGGCACUUUUGAACAAGGCUCGUCUAAUCCAUUGCGAUUUGAAACCCGAAAACAUUCUUCUCAAGAACCUCGAAAGCCCAAUCAUUAAAAUCAUCGACUUCGGCUCGGCUUGCGACGAGCGACAGACUGUCUACACGUAUAUCCAAUCACGGUUCUACCGGUCUCCGGAAGUACUGCUGGGUCUGCCAUACUCAUCAGCCAUCGAUAUGUGGUCACUGGGCUGUAUUGUGGUAGAGCUGUUCCUCGGCCUUCCACUGUUCCCAGGAUCUUCAGAGUACAAUCAAGUAUCGCGAAUUGUGGAGAUGCUAGGAAACCCUCCCAACUGGAUGAUCGAAAUGGGCAAACAGGCAGGCGACUUUUUCGAAAAGCGACAAGAUGAAUUCGGAAGGCGGACGUACCAGCUCAAGCCAAUGGAACAGUAUGCCCGGGAACGCAAUACGAAAGAGCAACCUAGCAAGAAAUAUUUCCAGGCCAAUACCCUCCCCGAGAUUAUCAAAACUUACCCCAUGCCACGGAAGAACAUGAAGCAAAGCGAGAUCGACAGAGAAAUGAAUAACCGCAUCGCAUUCAUUGAUUUUGUUCGCGGUCUUCUUACAAUCAACCCUCUGGAGAGGUGGUCGCCACAACAAGCUAAACUUCACCCUUUUAUUACCCAGCAGAAGUUCACUGGCCCUUUUAUACCGCCGAUGAAUCUCAAGUCGAGCUCUCUGAACAGAUCACCGGCGCCUGGUACCCAGCAGCAACAGCAAGCCGAGGCGCUCAGCAAGCAGCGGGCGCAAGCAGCGCAACAGCAGGCCGCUUCAGCCGCCCCCAACCCUUACCCCGCGAAUGCCAACCAGUACGCGCAGCAAGGGCAUGCACAACCGCAGAUGUACGGAAACAGCUCUAUGUAUCCCCAGGGAGGCAACCAUGGCAACAUGCCUUCACCAUAUGGCCAACAGCAUGGUCAGUAUGGGCAGAUGCCUAUGUCUCAACAACCCCAGCAGAUGCCUCAGGGCCAGUAUGCGCAAAUGCCCCAGCCCAACAUGUAUCAGCAUCAGCAGGGUGGUAUGAGACCAGUCCGCCAACGCGCAUCUACUAUGGAGCAGCAGCAGAGUGGCAUUCCUGCCGCCAUUCAACGAGUUGCCAGUCACCUUGAUCCCAGCCAACCGAUCCGCCUGCAGCCCAGCCCGGCAUAUUAUCCACCUACUGGAGAAAGCAUGACGGGUGGUAAUAUCGAUAACCGAACAGGGGCAAACCGAAGAGGGAGCCGCGUGCAGCAAGGGGGUCGGGGUAACAGAGACUUCAUCCGCAAUUUGGAGGAGCGCACUCUAGAAGAAGGUUUUAUGGGAAACCAAAACACCUGGCAUUGA